AUGCCAUCAGACACAUUUCGGAUGUUAAUCUGUGGAAACAGUGGAAGUGGUAAGACUAAUCUAUUAUAUCAUAUGUUAAUUAAACCACUGUUGUACUUCGAUGAAAUUUAUCUUUAUGCGCGUAAUUUAGAGCAGGAUAAAUAUAAACAAUUAAUGCAAAAAAUGAGAGAACUGAGUUCUAAAGUUGGAUAUGAAAUACUUCAUGUGAGUAAUGAUGAAAUAACCCCAGUGUCAGAAAUGGAUUAUGAAGACAAUCAAAAACUUGUGAUAUUUGAUGAUUACGUUUGUGAUAAAAACCAGAGACAACUUAUGGAUUAUUUCAUUCAAGGACGACAUAAGAAUUGCUCUGUAAUCUACCUCAGUCAAUCAUUUUACAAAACUCCAAAGGAUAUUCGAUUGAAUUGUUCUCAUUACUGCCUUUAUGAAUUUCCAUCAUCGAGGGAAUCCAAUAGGAUAUCAUCUGAGUUGGGAGUUGACAAAAAGACAUAUAAAGCAGCAACAAGAAAACCAUUUACAUUUCUAUAUGUUGAUAAACCCAGAAAACGUAUUGCAAAAAACGUUACUGGUAAUCUAGCCUAAUAAUUAAAAUGGGUAUAUUUAACGAACAAUCUUUUGAUCAUCCUUUUGCUAGAGGAAUUCAGGGUGCUCCAGGAGUAGGAUUUAAUCUCACUUCAAGUGGGGAUUAUGAUAUGAUAAAUAAAAAACUAAGAAAUGUUGGUGCUCCGGAAUCAAACACCGAUGCGGCAACCAAGAAGUAUGUUGAUGAUAAUUCUGGGGGUGGAAAAACAUCAUUAAUAACAGUAGAUUCAAACAUUGAUAUAGAUGUUUGA